AUGGGAGGCCUUUGCUCGAGAUGGCGGCGAGGUCCCAGCGCGAGUUUGGAUUCGCGAAAUCUUCGCAAUGCCGUGAGCGAUGACCUUGGUCACUCACAUGGAGCUUUGCGACCAAGUCCGACAACGUAUUUUGAGGAUGAAAAAGUUGAAAUUCCUAUCACCGCUGACGAUGAAUCGUUCAGCUUUCGGAAACUUUGGGCGUUCACCGGUCCGGGAUUUUUGAUGAGCAUUGCUUACCUUGAUCCUGGCAAUAUUGAAUCUGAUCUGCAGUCUGGAGCCGUUGCUCAAUACCGGCUUUUGUGGGUACUGCUGUUAUCCACGGUGCUCGGACUGAUGAUGCAGCGCUUGGCUGCUCGACUUGGCGUGGUCACAGGUAUGCAUUUGGCUCAGUUAUGCUACAAACACUAUCCUCGGGUGCCAAGGAUUCUACUGUGGGUGAUGGUCGAGAUAGCUAUCAUCGGUUCCGAUAUGCAAGAAGUUAUUGGCACUGCCAUUGCCAUCAAUCUGCUGUCGAACAAGAUGAUUCCUCUCUGGGGUGGAGUUAUAAUAACCAUCGCUGACACCUUCUCAUUCUUGACACUGGAUCGUUACGGUUUACGUAAACUCGAAGCAUUUUUUGGACUACUGAUCACCGUCAUGGCUGUAUCUUUUGGCUACGAAUAUAUCGUGGUUGCCCCGGAUCAAGGAGAACUUGUGGAGGGAAUGUUUUUACCGUGGUGUUCCGGUUGCGAUAAGAAAGCUUUGUUGCAAGCUGUUGGCAUUGUCGGUGCUAUUAUCAUGCCCCAUAACCUCUAUCUUCAUUCGGCGUUAGUGAAGUCCAGAGUGGUGAACAGACAUCAUCGUAGAGAGGUCAGAGAAGCGAACAAAUACUACUUCAUUGAAACCUGCGUCGCGCUCUUCGUUUCUUUCCUCAUCAACGUGUUCGUGACGUCGGUGUUUGCGCAUGGGCUGUUCGGUGUCACGAACGGCGAAGCCAGAAGCAACUGCAUAGCUCGGAACAUUUCCGCCGACUUGUUCGACAACAUAUUUCCAAAUAACACGGAACCAGUGGAUGCCAGUCUGUAUACUGGAGGUGUUUUCUUGGGCUGCCAGUUUGGAGCGAUCGCUAUGUAUAUAUGGGCUAUCGGAAUUCUUGCAGCUGGUCAGUCUUCUACGAUGACUGGAACUUACGCCGGACAAUUUGUGAUGGAGGGCUUCUUAAAUUUGACUUGGGUUCGAUGGAAGAGAGUUUUUCUAACUCGAUCGAUAGCCAUAAUUCCAUGCUUCCUCAUUGCUAUGCUGAAGAGCAUAGAUGAUCUGAGCGGCAUGAAUGAUCUGCUUAAUGCGAUCAUGAGUCUCCAAUUGCCUUUUGCGCUGCUACCGGCUAUAACUUUUUCGGCUUCGCCUGCUAUCAUGGGAGAAUUUAGAAUCACUCGUAUACUCUCCACCCUGCUAAGUAUUUCGGUGGUCGGUGUGAAUAUUUACUUCGUGGUGGAAUAUGUUCAUGCAAAGUUACCCGGGCAUUGGCUGGUGAUGAGUGGAGUUUGGAUGUUCAGCGUUUUAUACGUCAUAUUCUGUCUGUAUCUCACGUUCCACAUGCUGGUUGCAUUUGGUAUGUCAUGUUGCGGUCAGAUUCCCUUGUGCGGUACAGGCGUUUUGCUCCAUUAUGAUGAAGACAGCGAAGAAUAUCGGAGGCUUUUACCGGAUGCUUCUAUUGCGUAUGGGAGUAGAAAUCCCGAGGAAGCACAUGUCUCUCUUCAGACUGAUCCUUUCUAUGAAGAAUGUGAAGAAAUCAAUUUUCUGAGUGCUGUGAACUCACAUGACUUCCACGAGGAAUCCGCAUACAAGUGGGCGUCGAGAAAUUUAGAAAGGAAUCCUUUGACAAUGUGUGACUCGGACGAUGACUCCGACGAUAUGACUCGAAUGUUUUGGAGUGGAUCUACCCGACCAUUUUUGAUCAGUUUUGAUCACUAG